AUGGACUCGUGUUCCGUUGAAAAAGACGUCACUUAUAUCAAGGAAUGGCUUAAGAAGGAACCACAUUUACCUAAUGACUUUGACGACCAUAGAAUCAGGAUAUUCCUUCAUGGCUGCAAGUUUUCAUUGGAGAAAUGUAAACGUAAACUGGACAUGUAUUUUACAAUGCGGUCAGCGUUGCCCGAGUUUUUUACACACCGGGAUAUCUCCCGUCCCGAAUUACAGGAAAUAAUUCGAAUAAUGCAAAUUUCUCCAUUACCCACCCUCACUUCUGAAAAACGUCGAGUAAUUCUGAUGAGAGGCGUGGAAAGGCACGUACAACCGCCGAACGUAGCGAACGCUUUUAAAGUGGCACUUAUGUUUGCGCUCAGACUUAAAGGGGAAUCAGAAGAAGUAGAUGGGGAUGUUUAUAUAUUGGACGCAGAUGUGGCCACUGUCAACCAUUUCGCAAGAUUUACACCAAUGUUGAUCAAGAAGUUUCUUCUAUGUAUACAGGAAGCGUACCCAAUAAAAUUAAAGCAAGUUCACGUAAUAAACAUUUCGCCGAUAGUUGAAAAAAUUAUAAAUUUCGUGAUGCCGUUUCUAAAAGAAAAAAUCAGACAAAGGGUAUUUGUUCAUACUGAUGUUAAUGACCUCUACAAGCAUGUACCACAGGAGAUAAUGCCAACCGAUUAUGGAGGGAAAGUUGGAUCAAUGAAUGAUAUUUACCAUGCUUGGAUAAAGAAAACUGAAGAAAGUAAAGGCUGGUUUUCGGAACAAGACAAAUACAGAAGUGACGAAAGUCGUAGACCUGGAAGACCUAAAAAUCAUGAUGAACUCUUCGGCUUAACGGGUUCUUUCCGUCAAUUAGACAUAGACUAAGAGAUAAUAUAAAAAAAUAUUACGUGGGUAAUAUAUUUAUAACUUAGAUGAACGCCAUUUAUUAAUAAAAAAAUCAAUAAAAUUAAAAAGACAUGAUAAACAUUUCAAUAUAGGUACAGUUUAUUUUUGUAUAAUUGC